AUGGCUGCGAGACGCCGCUGCUGCAUUGGAGAGAUCAUGCUGUGGUUCGCCUUCCUUGAGCCUCCGAAUCAUCAUUGUGCAGACGAGAAGCAAGAUGAGAAGACGCCAGGUUAUUUUGAGAAGGGGAAGAAGAUGUGCAUCGACAAGGAGCUCUCCAGGUACCCCGCUCUGAAGAAGUUCGAGCAGACCGUGCCCAUCCCUAAGGCCUACGCCGCUAUCGGCGCUUUCGGUAUCUUCACUCUCUUUGUCUUCUUCAACAUCGCCGCUGGCUUCUUGACCAACCUGAUCGGCUUCUUCAUCCCCGCUUACUUCUCGCUCAAGGCACUCGAGAGCCCCCAGCCCCAGGAUGACAUCCAGUGGCUCACCUACUGGGUCGUGUUCGGCAUGUUCACCUUCCUCGAGACCUUCUCCUCCAUCGUCCUCUACUACGUGCCCUGGUACUACACCAUCAAGACGCUCGCCAUCGUGUGGCUCAUGCUUCCCCAGACCCAGGGUGCCAAGAUGGUCUACAGCAAGGUCAUCCGCCCCGCUUUCCUGACCACCCAGAAGACCGUCCACCAGGCCAAUGCGAGCACCCCUGCCGCCCCCGCCGAGACCCACUAA